AUGGGGGGUCAUUAUGGACUGUCCAUAGGUGCCUAUCCCCGGGCGGGGGGGGGCUCUCCCCCUGGCGCCGCCGCCCCCCCCGCGCUGCAGCCGCGUUGGAAGCGGGUCCUGGGCUGGUCGGGGCCUGUGCCCAGACCCCGUCAUGGACAUAGAGCUGUGGCCAUCAAAGAGCUGAUCGUGGUGUUCGGGGGGGGCAACGAGGGCAUCGUGGAUGAGCUGCAUGUCUACAACACUGCCACCAACCAAUGGUUCAUCCCGGCCGUGCGCGGGGACAUCCCCCCAGGCUGUGCUGCCUACGGGUUCGUGUGCGACGGAACCAGACUGCUGGUGUUCGGGGGGAUGGUGGAGUAUGGCAAGUACAGCAACGACCUCUAUGAGCUGCAGGCAAGCCGCUGGGAAUGGAAGCGCCUGAAGGCCAAGACCCCCAAGAACGGCCCCCCCCCCUGCCCCCGCCUGGGCCACAGCUUCUCCCUGGUGGGCAACAAGUGUUACCUGUUCGGGGGGUUGGCGAAUGACAGUGAGGACCCCAAGAACAACAUCCCCCGGUACCUGAAUGACCUGUACGUGCUGGAGCUGCGCGCGGGCUCGGGGGUGCUGGCCUGGGACAUCCCCAUCACCUAUGGGGUCCUGCCGCCACCGCGCGAGUCCCACACGGCUGUGGUGUACACGGAACGCGCCGCGCGGCGCUCGCGCCUCGUCAUCUAUGGCGGCAUGAGCGGCUGCCGGCUCGGGGACCUCUGGACACUGGAUAUAGAGACGCUGACAUGGAACAAGCCAAGCCUCAGUGGGGUGGCCCCAUUGCCGCGCAGCCUCCACUCGGCCACCACCAUCGGCAACAAGAUGUAUGUGUUCGGGGGAUGGGUGCCCCUCGUCAUGGACGACGUGAAGGUGGCGACGCAUGAGAAGGAGUGGAAGUGCACGAACACCCUGGCCUGCCUCAACCUGGACUCCAUGUCCUGGGAGCCCAUCGUCAUGGACACGCUGGAGGACAACGUGCCGCGGGCGCGCGCCGGUCACUGUGCCGUGGCCAUCGCCACGCGCCUCUACAUCUGGAGCGGCCGCGACGGAUACCGCAAGGCCUGGAACAACCAGGUCUGCUGCAAGGACCUCUGGUACCUGGAGACCGAGCGCCCCCCCGCGCCUGCGCGGGUGCAGCUGGUCCGUGCCAACACCACAUCAUUGGAGGUGAGCUGGGGUCCGGUGCCCACGGCAGACUCAUACCUGCUGCAGCUACAGAAGUACGAGCUCCCAGCAGCCCCCGCGGCUCCGCCGGUGCCGUCGGUACCGGCCAACCCCCCGAAGAGCCCCGCCCCCGCCGCGGCCGCUCCCCCGGCCCCCCCCGCGCCGCCGCCGCCGGUGCCCGCGGCCUCUGCGCCUGCGCACUGCGCGCCCGCAGCGCCACCGUCCGGUGCGGCUGUGCAAGUGCUGCCCGCGGGGAACACAACCGGAACCGGAAGCGGAACUGCGGGCAGGAGCACUGGUGUCCCGGCCGUGCUGAAGGUCACCGGUCCCCCCGCGGCCGCAGCCGGUGCCCCCCUGGUGAGCGUGAGAGCAGCUGCCCCCCCCGGCAAGGCUCCGGUGACGGUGACGUCACUGCCGGGGGUGCGCAUGGUGGUGCCGGGACAGAGCCCGCAGGGCACGGUGCUGGGCAGCUCCCCCCAGCUCACGGGUAUGGCUGCCCUGGCCGCGGCUGCUGCCGCCACCCAGAAGAUCCCUCCCGCGGCACCCGCGGUGCUGAGUGUCCCUCCCGGUGCCACCAUCGUCAAGACCGUGGCCGUGACCCCCGGAACCCCCUCCCUGCCCCCCAGCGUCAAGGUGGCCUCGGCGCCCGUCAUGGUCACCAACCCGGCCACCCGGAUGCUGAAGACGGCAGCAGCUCAGGUGGGGACCUCGGGGGGGGCAGCAGCUCCCACCCCCCCCCCCGCCCGUCCCAUCAUCACCGUGCACAAGUCAGGGGCAGUGACUGUGGCUCAGCACCAGGCUCAGGUGGUGACCACUGUGGUUGGGGGGGUCACCAAAACCAUCACCCUGGUCAAGAGCCCCAUCUCCGUGCCGGGGGGCAGCGCCCUGAUCUCCAACCUGGGCAAGGUGAUGUCCGUGGUGCAGACGAAGCCAGUUCAGAGCUCGGCUGUCACCGGGCAGGCGUCAACCGGACCCGUGACCCAGAUCAUCCAGACCAAGGGGCCGCUGCCGGCAGGCACCAUCCUCAAGCUGGUGACGUCGGGGGAUGGGAAGCCCACGACCCUGCUGAGCACCAGCCAGGCUGGUGCCGGCGCCGCCAAACCCACUCUCCUUGGCAUCAGCAGCGUCUCCCCCAGCACCACCAAACCCGGCACCACAACCAUCAUCAAGACCAUCCCCAUGUCGGCCAUCAUCACCCAGGCGGGGGCCACUGGUGUCACCAGCAGCCCUGGCAUCAAGUCUCCCAUCACCAUCAUCACCACCAAGGUGAUGACCUCGGGCACAGGGACCCCAGCCAAGAUCAUCACCGCGGUGCCCAAGCUGGGUACCGGGCACGGCCAGCAAGGGGUGACACAGGUUGUCCUCAAGGGAGCUCCGGGGCAGCCGGGCACCAUCCUGCGCACGGUGCCCAUGGGGGGGGUGCGUUUGGUCACCCCCGUUACCGUCUCUGCCGUCAAACCCACGGUCACCACACUGGUGGUGAAGGGCACUACCGGUGUCACCACACUGGGUACAGUGACCGGGACGGUGUCCACCAGCCUGGCGGGUGCAGGGGGUCACAGUGCCACAGCCUCCCUCGCCACCCCCAUCACCACACUCGGCACCAUCGCGACCCUGUCGAGCCAGGUCCUCAACCCUGCGGCCAUCACCGUGUCCGCGGCACAGAGCUCGGUGACGGCCACCGGCGCGCUGGGAACACCGACCAUCACCAUGCAGCCCGUGGCUCCGCCCACCCAAGUGACACUGAUCACGGCCCCCGGGGGGGGGGUUGAGGCUCAGGCUGUUCCCGACCUCCCGGUGUCCAUCCUGGCCUCACCCACGGCCGAGCAACCGGCACCGGCCGGCACCGAAGCUGACGCCGGCACCGUGACCCUGGUGUGCUCCAACCCCCCAUGUGAGACCCAUGACACCGGCACCACCAACACCGCAACAACAACCAUGGCAUCGGGGCCUUGUUCUAACCCCCCAUGUGAGACCCAUGACACCGGCACCACCAACACCGCAACCACCACCAUGGCAUCGGGGCCUUGUUCUAACCCCCCCUGCGAGACCCAUGACACCGGCACCACCAACACCGCAACCACCACCAUGGCAUCGGGGCCUUGCUCCAACCCCCCUUGUGAGACCCACGACACCGGCACCACCAACACCGCAACCACCACCAUGGCAUCGGGGCCUUGUUCCAACCCCCCUUGUGAGACCCACGACACCGGCACCACCAACACCGCAACCACAACCAUGGCAUCGGGGCCUUGUUCCAACCCCCCUUGUGAGACCCAUGACACCGGCACCACCAACACCGCAACCACCACCAUGGCAUCGGGGCCCUGUUCCAACCCCCCAUGUGAGACGCAUGAGACCGGCACCACCAACACUGCCACCACUACCAUGGCGGCAGGGCCAUGCUCCAAUCCUCCACAUGAGAUGGGCACAACCACCACAGCCACCAGCACCGUGGUCACCAUGUCCCAGCCAUGUUCCAGCGCCUCCUGUGAGCCCCAUGGCACCAGCACCACCAACACCAUCAUGGCUGCAGCAUCCCAGCCCUGUUCCAACCCCCCUUGUGAGACCCAUGACACCGGCACCACCAACACCGCAACCACCACCAUGGCAUCGGGGCCUUGUUCUAACCCCCCAUGUGAGACCCAUGAGACCGGUACCACCAACACCGCAACCACCACCAUGGCAUCGGGGCCUUGUUCUAACCCCCCAUGUGAGACCCAUGAAACUGGCACCACCAACACGGUGACAACCACCGCAUCCCGGCUGUGCUCCAACCCCCCUUGUGAAACACAUGAGACCGGCACCACCAACACCGCAACCACCACCAUGGCAUCGGGGCCUUGUUCUAACCCCCCCUGCGAGACCCAUGAAACUGGCACCACCAACACGGUGACAACCACCGCGUCCCGGCUGUGUUCUAACCCCCCAUGUGAGACCCAUGAGACCGGCACCACUAACACCACCACCACCACCAUGGCAUCGGGGCCCUGCUCCACCCCCCCCUGCCAGGUGCCAGCCACCGGCACCACCGACACCACCACCGUGGCCACCGCGUCACAGCCAUGUGAGAGCCGCACCGGUGGCACCGGCACCACCACCGGCACCAGCACCGGCACCGGUCCCGGCUCCCCCCCCCCCAGCACCACCACAGUGCCAGGGACUGUGGCCGAGGGGCCCCCCCCCACCUGCUCCAACCCCCCCUGUGAGACCCACGAGACCGGGACCACCCCCACGGCCACCACGGUCACCGCAGCCAUCGGCACCAACCCAGAACCCCCCCCAGCGGCUGCCAAUGGACAAGGGGAACCGGAGCCGCCCCCCCCGGGGGAGGGGCCCCCCCCCAGCCCCGGGCCCAGCUCCACGGGGCCCCCCCCACCCAGAGCCGUCACCAACGUCACCGCGGCCACACCGGUGCCAGCGCCUGCCCUGCCGAGCAUCUCGUCGCUGACGGAGCCCCCCCCGCCCCCCCCGGACCGGGGGGGGGCUCUGCCCCCGGAGCUGAUGGCAGAGCCGCCGGCUCCGGCGCUCGUGGUCACCGGGCUCAGCCCCGAGGAGCUGGCGGUGACGGCAGCGGCUGAGGCUGCGGCAGCCGCGGCCACGGAGGAGGCUCAGGCUCAGGCUCAGGCGCUGGCGAUCCAGGCGGUGCUGCAGGCGGCGCAGCAGGCGGUGCUGGGCGCAGCAGAGCCCCUGGAGAGCAGCACCGAGUCCGGGGGGGCCCCCCCCGAUCUGGGGGUGGGGGAGGGGCAGGGGGGGCCCCUCCCCCUGGUGCUGACGCAGCAGGAGCUGGCGGCUCUGGUGCAGCAGCAGCAGUUGGACCUCAAUGACCCCCCCCCCACCGACACCAAUGGGCUCGGGGAGGUGGCGGCUGGAGGAGCCACCGGAGACGGCCUGUCUGCCCCCAGCUCCUUCGUGCCCCCCCCACCCGCGGUUGGCACCAGCCCAGCCAAGCUUCAAGCGGCCGCGGCCCUGGCGGAGGUGGCCAAUGGCAUCGAGAGCGGCCCCGCGAAGCCGGAGCCGCCCCCCAAGACGCUGCUCAAGAAGGAGAACCAAUGGUUCGAUGUGGGAGUCAUCAAAGGCACAUCCAUGAUGGUGACUCACUACUUCCUGCCGGCCGAGGACGCGCCACCCACCGACGACGAUGCUGGGGGGGUCCCAGACCAUUCUCAGCUGCGGCGCCAGGAGCUGCAGCCUGGAACCGCCUACAAGUUCCGCGUGGCCGGAGUCAACGCGUGCGGCCGCGGAGCCUUCUCGGAGCUGGCGGCCUUCAAAACCUGCCUGCCAGGGUACCCGGGAGCGCCGUGCGCCAUCCGCAUCAGCAAGAGCCCGGACGGGGCACACCUGACCUGGGAGCCUCCAUCAGUGACCUCCGGCCGCAUCCUGGAGUACUCAGUGUAUUUGGCCAUCGCCGGCGGUGGGGCCGAGCGGGGGGGCCCAGCCCCACUCGCCUUCAUGCGGGUCUAUUGUGGGCCCAGCCCCUCGUGCCUGGUCCCUGCCGGCAGCUUGGCCACGGCUCACAUCGACCACAGCACCAAACCUGCCAUCAUCUUCCGCAUCGCCGCGCGCAACGACAAAGGCUACGGCCCCGCCACGCAGGUGCGGUGGCUGCAGGAGUCCAGCAAGGACGGAGCCGGGGCCAAACCCGCCAGCAAGCGCCCGCUGUCUUCCCCCGACCUGAAAUCCGCUCCAAAGAAGCCGAAGGCCGAAGGGCAGUGAAGGACCCCGAGGGCUCCUGCCCCAUAGCGGGGGGGGGGGGGGGGGGGGGCCCGGAGGCCGCAGUG